CAGCAGCUGGGCUGUGGCUCGGCUUCUGGUGCCUACUUUGCCCUUGACCGCUUUGGUGUCAGAGUUGGUCCCAUCAGUCUUGUCCUAGUGGACUGCAGUGGGGACGAAGCCACACUCUGGGACUGCAAGAUCCGUGGCUGGGGACCCUAUAACAUCAGCAUCCCUUACAGGGACACUGCCGUUGUGUGCCAAGGCUUUUCCCAGCUGGUCGGAGGCGAUGGAGCCUGUGCCGGGCGGCUGGAGGUGCGUCAGGGCCGGGCGUGGGUCGGUGUCUGUGCGGAUCAGGUGGACAUGAAGGUGGCGCAGGUGGUGUGCAGGGAGCUGGGCUGCGGCGAGGUGAUCGGCAUCGCCGGCAGUGGCCGUUUUGGGGCGGUGUCGGGAUCGCUGUGGGACGGGGGCUUCCAGUGCCAUGGCACCGAGCCCCUGCUCAGUGCCUGUGCCCGGCGUCCGCGCCACGACGAGGCCUGCCCCGGCCCUGGCAGCGUCAUCUGCUCGUCCUACACGGGCUUCCGAGUGGCGAACGGCAGCUCGGGCUGCUCCGGGCGAGUGGAGGUGGCGGUGAGGGGCACGUGGGGCUCCGUGUGCGCCAGCGAGUGGGAGCUGCCCGAUGCGCACGUCCUGUGCCGGCAGCUGGGCUGCGGCCGCGCCCUCAGCGUGGCCCCGGGAGGCUCCUUCGGCAGCGGGGAGGGGCCGCUGCGGCCGGACGCCUUCGGCUGCAGCGGGAGCGAGCGGCACCCGGGCGAGUGCCCCGUGGCCGUGCUGGGGAAGCUGCCCUGUGCCCCCGGAAACGCCGCUGCUGUCAACUGCUCAGGCACUGCUGAGUCCCUGCGGCUGGUGAAGGGUGAGACCCGCUGUGAUGGGUUUCUGGCGUUGGCCAGAAGAACCGGGUACUGGCGCCGUGUGCCAGGAGAGGUUUCGCUCCUACGGAAUUUGAGCAAUGUGUGCUGGAAACUGGGCUGUGGAGGACUGGAGAGGAGUUAUGUUGUCCAUGGGAAGUCCUACCUGUGGGAAAUGAGCAAAUUGAGUUCCAUCUUGAAAUCGGUAGUCAAAAACAUCGUGCAGAUGACCACCGAUCUGACCAAUAGGACCAUACCUGAGGAUUAUUUUGGGUAUGAUUACCGCUACAUGACCACUGGACCAGCUGACACCCCUCAUGGGACCAACAUCGUCUGCUCAGGCAGCCUGCAGGUGAGGCUGGUGGGGAGCUCUGGGCGCUGUGCCGGGCGUGUGGAGGUCUAUUCCGGUGGCGGCUGGAGCUGGGUGUGCCAGGAAGGCUGGGAGCUGCAGGACGCGGCCGUUGUGUGCCGGGAGCUGGGCUGUGGCACGGCCCUGGAGGCCCCGAGCUGGGCGCGGUUCGGGGCCGGCACGGGGCCGCUGUGGCCGUACAUCCCCGAGUGCUCCGGGUCCGAGGAGUCUCUGUGGCGAUGCGGGCGCACGGAACGGCGCGAGUGCGGGCGCGGCGGCGGGGCAGGGGCCGUCUGCUCAGAGCAUCUCUCCGUGCGGCUGGCAGGAGGCCCUGGGAGCUGCCGGGGCUUCCUGGAGCUGUUCCACAACGGCACCUGGGGCCGCGUGUGCGCCAACGGCACCGGCCCCGGCACCGCCGCCGCCGUCUGCCGCCAGCUGGGCUGUGGGCACCGGGGCCGGCUCUCGGAUGUCCCCGCCCUGGAGCCGACCGACGCCUGGCUGGCCUGGCUGGGCUGUGAGGACGGGGCCCGCUCGCUCUGGCACUGCCCCUCGGCACCCUGGCACCCGCAGAGCUGUGGCACCGGCGGGCACGCCCACGUGGAGUGUGAGGGCAGCAGUGCUGGCACCGCUGAGGGACACACCAGCCCCUCUCCGCAGGCUGCCAGCAGCACAGGUGUCCCCCGCAGAAGGGCCCCGGCCGUGGCCGUGGGGACUGUGCCUGUGCCCACGGUGCUGUGCGUGGUGCUGGGGACGCUGCUGUGCCUGUCCCUGGGUGCCCUGGCCCUGCUGCUGUGCCGUGCCCGUGCCCGGCGCCCAGGCCCUGGCCGAGCUGCAGAUGCCAUCUCCAACGCUGUCUACGAGGAGCUGGAUUACAAAGCCAUGGCCGAGUACCAGGAGGUGCCCACUCCCCCAGGUUCCCUGUUGGAGGGAUGGGUGAAGAAGCUGCCGUAUUCCAGCGGGGACAGCGUGGAGGGGAGUGACAGCGAGGCAGCCGCAGAUCCCCCUGCCCGGCGCGAGCAAGGAGGCCCGGAUGGCUACGACGAUGUCCUGGCUGUGCCCCAGGAGCCCCCCGCUGCCAGCACUGGGGACAUGUGCGAGGGAGUGGCACGGCAGAGCUGGAUGUGUGUCCUCCCCACAGGCGGGAUCUACAACCCUGCAAAUCCCCCAGCAGCCUCCGGGGACCCCUCGGAACAGCCCCCUGGACACAUGGACUAUGAUGAUGUCGGCAGCAGCGCCCCGGGGACGUUGCCCUGAGGAUGCCCUGGCCAUGUCACAGCCUUGGGGACAUGAGUGUGGCAGUGUGGCGGGGCCCUGUCCCCAGGGAGGGCUGGCCCUGCCCUCAGAGCUCAGCCCUCGCUGUCCAGCGCUGCAGGAAAACAGCUGCUGUGCAGGGAUUUUCUGUGAUUUCAGUGUGACUUUCCCUUUUUUCCUAUUAAAACCCAAACUGGUCAGAGA